CUCAGCUGAAUUGUGUAUUUUUAUUUAUUAUCAGCAUUUCUGUGUUAGAUUUUCUUAAUUUUCCGCGUUCUUUAUAGUUCAGUAAAGGCAACGCCUUAUUUAAUCUGUGAAAAGUGUUAUUUGAAGUGUGAAAAUUGAUGAGUACCUUUGUUUUGUGUUCGUGAAAUCUUUCAACAAUGUUUGGGAGGCCUAGGUGUAGGGAAUAUACUCCUCUAGCGACCCAGCAAUUACGGCUUCGGAGUCUUAUACAGAUUGUAGGCUACAACAUCCGACCACCCGAAGGCUGUCAUUACCAGUGCAGUUUCUACCUGACCCUCCAUCACACCACCAUGUCGGCACCAUUCUACACUAGUGAGAGGAUCUGCUCGCCGCAUCCAAAAUGGAAGGAGAUAGAUUCAGAAAUAACUCAUCGUAUGUCCUCAACGAACGUUGUCAUACGCAUCUGGUGUCACAUGCUACCACCAAACAAAGAUUACGAAGAUACAGACCGACAAGACACCGUCAUACAGACCUGGGGGGUAUACUUCACAGGCCUGAGGUAUCUAGGGGCCAACUUAGCCUUAAACUUCACCUCAGACUGCUUCAAAAGCAAUACCCUAGUUUUUCAAAUGCAUGGAGGAUAUUUCUGCUCAUACAAAAGUCUUAAACUAGAUAUAAUACCACCAGAAAAUGAGAUAGAACAUAGCUCAUUAUCAUCAGAUUCUUCAGGCAAAACUAAAACAUUAGAAUCUAGAUUUAUUCAGAAUCAUGCAGUGAAAUCUAGAUCGAUAUCACCAAGUAAAUUUUCAAGACGGACCGAUAAAGAAUAUUCAAAAAGUCAUAGUCCGGUCGAAAGAGGAUUUAAACAGAAUUUUCCUACUAUUAAAAACUCAGCGAGUUUAAACAUAGGACAGAGCAGGGAUUUUAGAGAACGGAGCGAAGAAAAGAAGUUAGAUCCAAAUUUAAUAUAUGAACAUUCACCGGAUACUCAAGAUGUUAGUAGUGAUGUUAACUGUGAUAAUUUAUCUAAGAACGCUUCGAAAGAAGAUUUAAAUAAAAUAGAUUUGAGCGAGACCGCUGAGAACUAUGAUCUUCGGAACGAAAUUGAUGUACCGAAGUAUCGGUAUAACGCUUUAAGCUUUUUGAAAUCAGAGAUCCGACCGAGUUACAAUUCGGAUAAGUUGCAGAAGUUGCAUAUAUUGCAGUAUUCGAUUAAGAAGAAGCAAGAAGCGGUGCAAGAUGUGAGAGAGAAGAUUUAUAAGAGUUCAGCGUUGGCUAGUAGUUUGACGGAUGAGUUUGGUGAUGAGGUGCGGUUGAAGAGCAAGUCGCAGCGGAACCUGUUCUCUCCGGAUGAGGAGUUGGAGAGGACGGUAAGGAAUGGAAAGGUGAAGGAUGAGAAACCGGUGUCGAAUGGACCGAGACUGGCGUUGAAGUUGAAUGAUCUCUUAUCUUUUAAGUCGAAACCGUCCCCCUUCCAAAGGGCAGAGCACGUGAGGCUAACGAAACAGAUAGAAAUACUCCGCUUCAAGAGGAUAUUACUGGCGGAUGAGAGAGACAGCAAGCUAGCUAACAUACGAAGACUAAAAGAGAGGCAUGCUAAACUUUGUGAAGAGAAUCAGGAUUUAGGUUUAGAACUAAUGCAGGGUUACCACAGUCUCUCCCGUCGCACUGAUCGACUAAAAGAGCAGAGGCAGUCUGCGGCAGCUCUGAGAGAGCUCGCGGCGCGGGCCCACAGAGAGUUGGCGACACAUAGCGACUCAUUAUUGCAGCAACUGGCGCAGAUAUUCUAUAUCGAACAGGUGGACCAAACGACCUGGAAAAUCCUGGAUGUUCCACUCCCAGUGUGCUCAGACGGCGCGCGGCCGUCGGGCGCGGCGGAUGCAGUAGCGGCGGGCUUCGCGGCGCAGGCGGUCGUGCUCACCGCCGCCAUCUUGAAUUUACCCACAAGAUAUAAAAUUACAUUGUUGGGUUCAGCAACUAAAAUACUAGACAUCACGCCGGAUUUGCCCGAUCCAAACAUACCCCUGUUCGCCCGCGGCGGCGACGCGACGCUAUUCCGCUACGCCAUGUUCCUACUGAACAAGUGCAUCGCGCAGCUGUUGUGGGCUAGGGGCCUACCUGUCACUGAUAUGAGGCCUACGCUCGCUAAUCUACAGAGACUGAUGACUACUCCUCAUAAUUCGAGCGACACGUCAAAACUGUUUGGAACGCACCGAUGGCUGCCGGAACGGUGUUCGCACACGCAGAGCUUGAGAAGCCUUGUCGCCUCAGAUAGAGGGAAGUACAGGCAGUUCAACAGGUUUAAGGACUCCGUCGACGGCCAAUCCCCACAGGCCGUGAUGACGCUGAGUCGACACCGACACUCUAGAAGUGUUGGAAGUUACAACGACGACCAGGAAUCACCCGCAUUAGACCAGUCAACAACAUCCAUAAUGGGAAGUGAACCUAACAUCUACAACACAAAACUGUCCCACGUAGCAUCAGAACCGCCAACACUCAUGAAAUCUCACAAUUCCGACUCCGAAAUACUUCGACACACAACAGAAAACGAAAAAGUCAUAUUCACUUUAGGCGACGACUGUAUAAAUGACAUUAAAUCUGACAGAUUAGUUAAACUAUCUAGUAAUAACGAUGAUAGUGAAGAUGUUAAGAAAAUCUGUUCAGAAAUUAAAGAUUUCUGUGAAAUCAAUGAACAAAAAGAUUUUGACAAAGACGAAGAAGGUUUAGAUAUAGUUAAACAUCUUGAAGGCAACGUGGAUAUAGAUAUAGCGAAAUAUAUGGAAGAGAAGAGAGUCAGCGUUGUUGAAACUUGUGAUGACUGUGAGGAUUGUGACGAAUCUUGUGCUAAAGUGACUGAUGUUAUUGUAAUACCUAGUGCGGAAGCCAUAUUGGAUACUGGACAGGAAACGGAAGUGAAAGAGUGAUUUCUACUACGGAUAUUAACAUUAUUGUGAAGAUUGUUUAUAUAUAAUUGGAUAUUUAAUUGUAAGGUGUUUUCUCAUUGUGGUUCAAGCGAAGCCAUGAAUGCCAAUUUAAAAUAUAUUUUAAUUUUGUUUUAUUGAAACUGGAUUUUUUUGGUUAGGGCGCCUUGCCACUAGAAAUGUGACAAAAUGACAAUAUUAAGUUAGAACAAAGACUAUAGACGGAUAAAGUCUAAGAAAAAAACGUACCUCAAAGCCAUAGAGAAAAAGAAUCGGUGACCUAGAUGGCGUUACACCUUUGGGGAACGCUCGGCUAGAUGGCGCUAAUAUUAACAUUUCCUUUGACAUUUUAACACAUAUCAAGCUAACAAUAUGGGCCAAAUUGUCAAAACAGAGGUCCUUAAGUUUAAAGCCAGCGUCGAGAGAUGGCAGUCUAUGCACUGAGAUUACACAUUUUACUUCGACAGUAACUCUCUAUAAUACAUACUCUAUCCUCUUUGGUUAGAAUAUGGGCCAAAUUGUCAAAACAGAGGUCCUUAAGUUUAAAGCCAGUGUCGAGAGAUGGCGUUCUAUGCACUAUGACUACAUCAUUAUUUUACUUUGACAGUCUUCUUUACAGCAUAGCACGGGUGAAAAAAGUUCAACUAAGAUUAUUGUGUAUUUACACAUCUCUAGUGGAAAGGCAUCCUUAAGCUGAAAUGUCCACAUUAGUAACUUGGAGACAAUACUAUAUUUUGAUGUUAUCAAACUGAUUUAUGAUAUCAUCUAUGACUAUAUGAACUGUAAAAUACAUAAAAAGUCGUAUAUGCCGUUAAAAUUAUAUUGCAAUAGAGAUAUAAUGUACAGAAAAUCUUAUUCAUACCGAUAAGUUAAAGCUUGUACUUGAUUUUGUAAUAGAAAUUAAAACCAUUUUAUUAUAGUCAUCUAUUUCAACACUUAUUUAGGUUAUUUUACAGCAAUUCUUUUUGUCACAAGCAAUUCAUUCAUAUUCGAUUCAAUGAUAUUUCUUCAGAAUUAAUGUUUAAUUAAAUUAUUAACUUGUAGUCUGUAUCUUGAGGUAUGUAAAUGAAAAUGAAUGCUGAGCCGCGGUCCUGGGUUCGAAUCCCGCUAAGGGCAUUUAUUUGUGUGAUGAGCACAGAUCUUUGUUCCUGAGUCAUGGAU